AGCUUACAAGAAAUAUCUUAGGAAAAAUCUCACACAUUCUCGAUUUCGUAAUAUCGACGAUGAGUCUACACAAAUUUUUUAUGCAUACCCCCAAAUACCCCAUGAUCGAAAAAUUUUGCCAUCAACAUAAAACAAAUUUCGCAUGUGAAGUGAAGGCUGACUUGCUAGUCAGAAACAGCACACACUUUGUGUCGAAAAUGUGGCAAUCUAGCACUCCUUUUACGAACUUUCCCGAAAGAUUCUCGUACAAUUUCGUACUCUUCCGUAUAUAAUCGCAACUCCCGAAACGUGAAGUUGUUUCUUUUAUCGAACAAUGGAUACAAUGCUUGGACGCGUUUUUGUAUAUGGUGGCAAAGGUGCUUUGGGUUCGACUUGUGUCUCAAAAUUUAAGUCGAAAAAUUGGGAAGCUGAUAUAUUGCAACAAAUUACAAAUAUCUUAAAAGGAAAUAAAGUAGAUGCAAUUAUUUGUGUUGCUGGUGGAUGGGCUGGUGGAAAUGCAAGCAAUAAAGAAUUUGUAAAGAACAGUGAUCUUAUGUGGAAGCAAAGUGUAUGGAGUUCAACAAUUGCUGCUAGUAUUGCUGCUCAACACUUGAAAGAAGGAGGAUUUUUAUCAUUAACUGGUGCUAAAGCAGCUUUAGCAGAAACACCAGGAAUGAUUGGAUAUGGAAUGGCUAAAGCUGCUGUUCAUCAACUUACUAAAUCUUUAGCAGCUAAAGACAGUGGUCUUCCAAAGGAUUCUUUAGUUGCUUCUAUUUUGCCUAUUACUUUAGACACACCUAUGAAUAGAAAAUGGAUGCCAAAAGCUGAUACAUCCAAAUGGACUCCACUUGAAUUUGUUGCAGAUCUCUUUUGGAAAUGGUCACAAAAUCAAGAACGUCCAGUUAAUGGGAGUCUUUUACAAUUGAUUACUGAAAACAACAAGACAGAAUUAAUUGCAGCUGAAAAAUAAAAGCUAUAUUUGUUAAACCAGAAACAUUAGGUGCUUCCAUGACAAUAAUAUAUACAUAUAUAUA